CUUUGACUGAUACUUUCACUUCUGCCCAUGUUUCAAAGGGUAAUUGUCCUUCCCUUACACACUCCUGUUCCUCUCACAUAUUUUCGCUGUGUCUAAUACACACUUGCCUAGCCUGUCAGACUUACCUGACUGCUUUUGGGAGCCGUGGCCAAUCCCUGUGUGUUGAAGGAAAACAUGUUAAACUGGACAGGCUUGCACACAAGACAUCAUGCACACAGAUACCUGCGCUGUCAAGAUAAAGAGAUCCACUGCACACAAGUACAAGAAGAUUCAACACAACAUCAGAAACACAUCAGAGGCUGUCACAGAAGCGCAGCAUGGCCCAGCUGGAUGCGUUCUCUGAGCAGGAGCUGACCUGCUCCAUCUGUCUGGAUAUCUUCAGUGAGCCCGUCUCCACGCCAUGCGGACACAACUUCUGCCAGGGCUGCAUCGGGGGCUACUGGGCCUCUAGCUCAGUCUGCACCUGCCCACUGUGCAAACGGGUGUUUGAGGAGCGUCCUGAGCUCAGCAUAAACCGGGUGUUUGCUCAUAUCGCCCAGAAAUAUAAAGAGGUGCAGUACGGCGAGCCUCCUCAGCCGAAGCCAAGGCAAAAAGCAGUUAUUUCCGGAGCUUCUCUGGCUGACGCAGAGCAGAUUUUAUGUGAUGUCUGCAGCGGCAAGAAAAAGAAAGCUGUGCGUUCCUGUCUUACGUGCACUGCGUCGUACUGCGAGCUUCACGUGGUGCCACAUCAGCAGACGUCGUUCUACGCCUCCCAUCGACUGCUGGAUCCUCAGGAGGCCCUGCGAGGCCGAACCUGCCAGGAGCACCACCGGCUGCUGGAGGUCUACUGUCGUACAGAUCAGAAGUGUAUUUGUGCCAUCUGCGUGCUGGAGGAACACCGCACACACACCACAGUCUCAGUGCAGACAGAACGCACUAGCAAACAGAGGCUCCUGGGAAAAACAGAACUGGACCUUCAGACAUGUAUUGACAAAAGAAAUGCCCAGCUGACUGAGCUGAAGAGCAAACUACACGCCUUGCAGAGCUACGCUCAGGCUGAGCUGUCCGAGGUGGAGCAGGUCCUGUCUGACAUCACACACUCGGUAGAUCGCAUCCGCAGCGAGCUGGUAGGCGGGAUAGAGGAGAAGAGAGAGGCUGUGAUUGGACGAGGACAAAGCAUCGUCACCCAGCUUGAGACAAAGUUAGCACAGCUGCAAGAGAGCAGAGGCCGACUAGAGGCACAGGCUAUUUCAGAUGACCAUAUCGGCUUCCUUCAGAGUUUUGAGGAAGCCAGCAGUCCCUUGCAGGACUCAGAUAUGGAUAUUCAUGAGGUGGAUGAGCUGACCCUACGAUUCUCACUUGGGGACGUCAAAGCAGCUUUAGGAGAGAUCCGGGAAAGACUGGAUGACAUACGCUGUGGGGAAGUGCAUUACCGACACUCCGUGUCAUCAUUAGCAGAGAGUGAGAGUAUGAUGAGCGUUCGAUCGAUGAAGAGGAAUGAGUGGUCACUGAAAGAUCUACGAAAAUUAAAAAUAGGCCACAAAAAGAUUAAAACCUAUCUUGAGGACGUAACGCUGAAUCCGACCACAGCGUACCCGUUCCUCAUCCUCUCGGACGACCGCAAGCAGCUGAAGCGCGGCGAGAAGCUGCAGUUCUACAGGAACAACUCACAGCGCUUCGAUGUCUGGUCCUGUGUGCUCGCCAAAGACGGCUACGAAUCCGGAAGACACUACUGGGAGGUCAGUGUUGGUGAGAAUAAGGACUGGAAGCUGGGAGUGGUGCGAGAGUCGUCCCCGAGGAAGGGUCUGUUUGACAUGACCCCUGCUAUCGGCUACUACGCGCUGUGGUGGAGCGGCAGCCAUUUACGCACACUGACCGCGCCGCCCCUCGCCAAGAUCAAAGUCACGGGUCACCUGCGGCGCGUAGGCAUCUAUCUGGACUGUGAGGAGGGUCAGCUGGUCUUCUUCAAUGCCAAGACAGGAUCUGAGGUGUAUACGUUCACAAUGGCCUUCUCAGAGAAACUGUUCCCACUGUUCGGCACGGGCGAUAAAGACGUGCCGCUGAUGCUGAUGUCUUCGUUUGUCAGUGUCCCAGAAUGAGAAUGUGCGAAGAGCAAAGGCUGCUCAUCUUGGCAGAGAAUGAGUUCAGAGAGCUGGUUUACCUGCUCAGGGUUUAAGAAUGCACAGACUCUGAAGUGAAAUGACACACUCGCCACAGCUCACAUCAGCUCAUUUGUCACAGAUGUUAUGCCAGAUUGUUCAAAAGUUUGGAAUCGCUUUUAUUAUGUUUUGAAUGAUGGCAUCAGUGAAAUAACGCAUGUGUUGGGUUACCUUGACAAAAACAAAACAAUAAACCAUAAUGUGUUUCAUUCAUAUGUCAGUAAUACCUACAACUAUUCCAUUUGAAAUAUUUUAAAUAAUCAUAUCAUUAUCUUAUUUAAAUGCAUCAAUCACCAUGUCAACUGUAUUACAUCCCAACGAUUAAUUCUAAAAAAAGAUGCAUUGGGAAUGUCAUUUAACCUUCAUUUGUUUACAGAAUUAUGGCACAAUGUUCACUAAACUGAAAAGUAUAAUGUGACUUUUUUUAAACUAAACAAUUUAAAGGUGCAGUAGGAGAUCUUGGAAAACUUUAGCCUGAUAGCACUUAAAAAAAGGCCCACCCUUCCUGCAAUCACUGUCCAAAGCCACGCCCCCUGAACACAUAUACGCUCACAGACCAGAAUACCAGAGACAACAUUACUGCAAUAGGCUACAUCAGCGCUUCCCAAUUCCAGCCCAUGUUCCGAAGUGAAGUCAACCCCUGCUCAGGGAGUAGGGAGCCAUGAACACUGUGUAGGGAUCAUAUCGAUGUGAAGAGCCUUUCAACCAGCAUAAUACAAAAUGUUUCUGAAGACAAUCACCUAUUGCACCUUUAAUAUUAGAUUUUCAUUGAAAAAAAAAAAUAGGCUACUGUUUCCUUACUCUAAAAUUAAUUAAAAUACUGUUGCAAUAUUUUUUAUAUAUAUAUAUAUAUAUAAGUAUUGUAUUUUUAUUGUUAUGUUCAUUUUUUUUUCAUUUAAUACAUUGUGUGUCGAGAGAUUGGCAUUAUUUAAUAGUGGAGUGGUUACCGAAUGCAUUUGCUUGACGGA